AUGGGGGAUACCCCAGAGUACUAUUUCCAGCAGAAUGCGAGAGACCAGGAGGCCAACUUGGUUGCAUGGACUCUUCGCCAAGAAUCUCUGGGUUACACUCCGUCCCAGAGUCAAAUCCGCGCCUGCGUUGUUGCCGUUCUGAAACAGCAAGGCUGCGACUCAAGAUUGGGACGUCAUUGGGUAGAAAAGUUCAUUCAACGCCAUCCGGAACUUAGAAGCAAGGUCGUGCACUGGUACUUUGACGUCAGGGAGAAGGAGUACGGGUGGAUCAAGCCGGAGAACACGGUGAAUGUUGAUGAAGGGGGGAUUAUGUCGGGUUUUGGUCUGGACAGUCUGGUGGUUGGAAGUUCGGACCCUAAACGGAAGACUCUUCUCAAGGGACCACAGUCCCGCAGCUGGACCACUUUUAUAGAGGCCAUCACCGCCGACCAGGGUGGCAAACCACUCAAUCAACUCAACCAAAGAGUCAAAUUGAGUAGAUUGACGGCUUACAUCAGCGAACCUCUCGUUGAGUUGAGCAAUCCAAGCCCUCGUUGA